AUGACCACCGAGCCUCAGGACGCUAGCCGAGCACGAACCAGAGAGAUACUGGACCAGGUAGUCAAGGCGACAGAGACACAAUACAAGGAGAACCCGAGAAAGGAUGGCAUUCGGGCAACAGCUCAUAGAAUAUUGAAUUCCGCGUUGUCCUUUCAGGAUGUUAUUAACAACGCAGUGAAAUUCGAUCCAACCGGUUAUGCUUCGAGUGCUUGGGCCAUAGUGUCUCUCGGAUUGACGAUGGCCAAAAACCAUGCAGACCUCCGGGAUGCUCUCUUGGACUCCUCGGGGUACCUGGCGGAUCUGCUAAGCCGUUGCGCUUUCAUCGAGGAUCAGUUCUUUCGUGACUCGGGCCCAUUGAGGCAAAAUACCCAAAAGGAUCGAUCAAUCAUCCGGGCUUAUGUGGCAAUACUACAAUACUCCGCCAAAGUGCGCAGAGUUCAAGAGUCGGGCACGGGAGAAAAGAUCGUAGAGAGCAUUACAGACGGAGCAAGCACGCAACUUGCACAGCUGAAGCGCUCCAUCGAGGAAGAGGAAUCCCUUCUGCAUCGGUGGCUGCUCCUGGACGAACACCUUCACAGGAAAGCCGAGGCAGAGGAGAUUCUGUCUCAGAUCGACAAAUUGGCGGUGAACAUUCAAAAAAUGCACGAAGCAGUUGCGAUGUUGAACCUGCCUUUCGUUGAGGGUGCACUUUUCGACUCUUUUAUGGACCAAAAUGAGGACAAAUGCCUUCGUGGAACGCGAGAAGAACUACUCCAGCAGGUGCAGGACUGGGGAAGGUCGGGUGACAGAGGCAUAUUCUGGCUAAGCGGAAUGGCAGGAACUGGCAAGUCCACUAUUGCGAGGACGGUGGCUCAAGCAUUCAAGGAACAUGGCGUCCUAGGGGCGAGUUUUUUUUUCAAGAGAGGUAGAGGAGAUCGGAGCUCAGCUGCAAAACUUUUCCCCACAGUUGUAAAGCAACUAGCAAUUCACAUCCCUCAGAUGAUUUCUGGGGUUCAGAAAGCCAUUGAUGACGAUCCAACUAUUGGUGGAAAGUCGCUUGAAGAGCAGUUCAAACGGCUUAUCUUGCAGCCACUGCUUGCCGUGAAUCAGGGUCAAGCAGUGUCUUCUGCAGUGGUUGUCAUUGAUGCUCUCGACGAAUGCGAGCCGAAGGAAGACUUGAAGACUGUCCUUGCUCUCUUAGCCAAGGUCGUGACAGCAACAGGUACGGCAAUCCGAUUUUUUUUAACAAGCCGGCCAGAGCAGCGUAUCCGCUUCAGCUUUGAACAAAUCGGCCAGACGCUCUAUCAGAGCAUCCCCCUGCAUACAGUCGAUGAUAACGUGAUUAAACACGACAUUACUCUGUAUCUCACGAACAAAAUCUCUGAGAUACAACAGAAUCCCGAGUAUAAUCUUCCUCCUGGCUGGCCCGGAGAAGCACAAAUUGAAAUUUAG